AUGGCGUUUGAAUACAUCGAAAUAACGGAUCCUCUGUUCGUGCAGAACUUAGGGAAAUGUGAAGAGGACGACUACCUCAUGGUACGAGCCAAGCAGUACAGUCAUGUGCCGAUCAAGAUUCCGAACUGGAGGCCCCAGGCUCACUGCUUUAGCGUAGACUUUAAGAAUCACGAGAAGGACCUGCUCGAAGCGGAAGUGUAUCCAGAUGACGUGUGGGUCAUAUCCUACCCGAAGAGUGGAACGACCUGGGUCCAGGAGAUGGUUUGGUGCAUCUGCAACGAUCUGAACUUUGAAGCAGCCCGAACAAACAGUUUACAAAGUCGCUUUCCUUUUCUGGAGGCUAGUUCGUUCGCCCCCGUUUCGUUCAAUACGUACGAGUACGCAAGAAAUACGCCACGUCCUCGCUUCAUCAAGACGCAUCUUCCGGUGUCGAUGCUACCGAAGCGCUACUGGGAAGUCAAACCCAAAACCAUACACAUCCGACGCAACCCAAAGUCGGUGGCCGUUUCGUACUUCUUUCACUCCGAACGAUUCUUUUACAAAUGCUCCAUGGAUACGUUUUUGCGAUCGUUUGUUCGUGAGCAUCAAUUCUUUUCACCGUACCAUGCGCACGUGAUCGAGUACCACGAGCUGCAGGGUUGCGAUAACAUACUGCACCUUACGUACGAAGAGAUGAAGCGCUAUCUGCCAGCGGUCGUGAGGAAGGUGUGUGAGUUUUUCGGCAAGUCGUACAGCAAACCGGAGCUGGAACUGUUGUACCAGCAUCUUUCCUUCAAGUCGAUACGCGACAAUCCGACGCUUAAUCGCGAAAAACCGAAUGAUCCAAUCAAGAAAACACCAUUUAUACGCAAAGGCGAAGCGGAUGGUUGGAAACACGAACUAACACCCGAGCAGAUCCAUAUGCUUGACGAGUGGACCAAGGAAAGGGUGCCAAAUCUGGAGCACAGGAAAUUGUUUGAAUAACGGAAAGACCAUAGGCGAAUGAGUUGAAUUGGAAAGAUUUGAUUAGAAAGAAACAAAAAGUACGCAUUGGAAAAGGUACAGCAGUGAAAGGCAAUAAUAAAAAGACAGCAU